AUGGCGCCCUCCUUUGUUCUCCUGCUGUGCCCAGUGGUGACGGUGAUGGCCAUGCGGGCAUCGGAAGGAAGCGAGCAGGAAGGGUGGCCAUUCAGUUCGGACGACGUGGUCAUCACGCGGCAGUAUGAUUCGACGUCUGGAAGUAAGUUGAAGAUGGACUAUGUAGAGCUCUUCAAAUCCAUGUGGAAGAAGAUUCCCUACGAUGUGAAGAUGUCGGGGAACUCCUGGAGCAUCGUGGACCUCAUGCUCACGAAGCCGACGCUGGCGUUUGACUGUGAAGAAGCAAACCAGGAUUCGGACAUCUUCCUUGUGAUGUCCGAGUUGCCCUCUGAGCUCUCCAAGGAUUCCCGCGUGAGUGAGGAGAACGUCGUUGGGAUGCUGGACGAUGUCAGCCGGGUCUUCGAGCAGAUCAAUGAGGUCUUCGAUUAUAAGGUGGAUGUGCCGAAUAUGGCCAAGAGCUUCUACAACGGUAUGUCCCUCCAAGAGGCGUUGGACAAGGUCAUGCAGGCUGGAGAAGAUCUGCGCUCGACCAUAACAGAGAAGAAGCAGAACUUGCUGGGCGGAUUUGCUGCCCGGAAGUGGAAGUCGGCCUUCAGCUUCUACAAAGGCACCCACGUGCAGGCCUUCUUGACCACCAAGCCGCCUGUGCAAUACGGCAAGACAGCUGUGAAGCUGAAGUGCUACAAAGCCCAGUCCACGCGCCUGCUCGGCUUUGAGGGGAGCAAGGAGACUUCCAGCUUCCUGCCCUUCACGGCUAAGCAUUUUGCCCUGAUGGUCCUGGAUGUCGCUGUUUGA